AACUCACAACCACAGAAGCGACCAUAUCCAUUCAUUGCCAAUGUACAAAUAAUUCAACCACCAUAGAAAUAGCAUCAUGUUGCAGAAUCUGAAUCAUAGGUCUUAUUUGGUAGCAUUGGCAGUAGCACUGCUGGUAGUUCCGUGUCAAAGCUUCGUGGCAGUAAGAACACGAGAUCUUUCAGUGACAAAAUCCAUCAGAAAUUCGCCUCCCGUCUACGGCUCGACUUCUUCCAACGACGACGAAGACGAACCUGAUCUUUUGGACUACUUUGAUCCUCUCCGAAGUCCUCAUGACUACCCUGAUGGCAUUGCUCCCGACCACAAACCUAUUGAUCGGCCGAAGGAAGAUUCUUUAGAAGGAGCACCAAACCUUCCAGCUGGGUUGGAUCUUUUUGCCAGCGAAUUUCCCAGUGCUUUAAUGGGAGCCCCGCCAUUGGAUAUCAUGGACCCAGAGGAGUCUACUUCAAGCCCCGAUCCUUCUGCUAAUAGACCCAAGUUUGCUUCUAACCGAGAUAGAUUGGUGGAUCAGGGUGAUGAUGAUGAUGACGACGAGGAAGAGGAAGAAGUGGACCUGCUGGAUGUGUUUGAUCCAACCCUGUCACCACAUGCGUAUCCCAAUGGAAUUCCUUCCACCAAAAGAAAGAAGAAAACGACAAAAGUUGGCAUUCUGUUGAUGGAUCAUGGAUCGCGCAACGAAGCAUCCAACGAGAGACUACAUGAUUUGGCACGCUUGUAUCAGCAAUCCUUCGACUCGUCUCAACAAUCUACUACUACUGCUGUCAUUGUCAAGGCGGCGCAUAUGGAAAUUGCAACUCCGUCCAUUCCUCAAGUGCUGGAAGCAAUGGUCAAAGAGGAGCAAGUCGAUGAAAUUGUUUGUCAUCCUUACUUUCUGAGUCCAGGACGUCAUGCCACGCAAGAUAUUCCUCAAAUCAUUCAAGAGGCCAUGGACGACCUGGAGAUUUCCGUGCCAGUAGUUACCACCUCACCCGUGGGAUCUAGCACCGAUCUAAUGAUUCGAGCCAUUCAUUCGCUCGUCGCGGAGAGCUCCACAAUUUUGGAAGACGACGAUUCCGUAGCGCCACGACGCAGUGGGGAACGGCGAAUGGGUUUCUUUUGAAUGAAUGAAUCAAUCAAUCAAUCUAACCAAACAACGCACGAACUGAAGCCGACAUGGGCAUCUGCAACUUUUUUCAGCUCGCAGGCUCUCUGGAGUGCUCUUUCAAUAUUGCUACCAGGUACUGGUACCGGUACGAUAUGGUUACGACUGUAAACGCAUCAACUGUUUCGUUGAAAACACACAGAUAUCUAAUCUUUUAGAAAAUCUACUAGUAUUGUAGAAGCUUGGACCCUUUGAAAACACAUCAACAC